AUGUCAUCGGGGUUCCCAACAUCUGAGCCUCGGAGUUGUAGUCGACCUGUUGGUAACGGAGCUCACUUUUAUGUUCCUCCAACGGAGGAUGCAGCACAAAUACAAGAAGCAGCUGAUACCCACAGCACUCCCCUUGUAUUGAGAUUCAACAAUCUGACGCUGGAUGAGCUAAGUGAAGAGCUUGACAGACGCACCAGGAAAACACAAAGACUUCAAGAGGAAGUGGAACAUGCAACCAGAAAAACUUUGGAGAGCUUUGGCUGCUUUUAUGGUAACAAUUCACCAGGACAAAGCUGGGCCAAUUAUGCCUCAUCUGAAGAUUCCACCACUCUUUCAACCCACCAGCAGCAGGCAGGGACUCAGCCUCUGGGCUGUAGCCCGGAUGCUUUAAACAAGCAGGCAGCUCAAAAAGACAGAAGAUCUUCUGAAAAGGAGCUGUUCAAAAAUACAGUAGAGAGCUGUCUUUACCAGAUGUCAGAUUUGAAUCUCAACCAGAUACAUAAUCAACCUGAGCAAGACGUAUUGAAUCCCCAGAGAGCCAUACUGAACCUCCAGAAAGAGCUGCACGAGGUCCAUGUGGGGCAGGACGUCCAGUCUGACCUGAGGUUGAAGGAUUCGAAGGAGCAAGUUAGUCAGAUGGAAACGAUGCUGUGCAUGCUGGAGGAGCUGCAGAGCAUCAAAAGGUGCACGGACCAAAAGCGCCAAGAGACGGAGAAUGAGGCGUUAGCCCUUCACAGGAAAGUAGAAACACUGGAAGAGACUGUAAAGGGCAUGUACAAUGCACUGUGGGAGGGGCAACCUGGACAAAACUCUAAUACUCAAGGUGUGAACAGAAAAACACACCAAUCACUGAUGAAUAUAAAUGAGGAUCUCAACAUUGACGCGCAAAAGCUACAGGACAGGUUAUUUUCAUCAAAAGGAUCCCUGGGAAGUGGGGAACACAAUGGAAUAAAUAAGCAAGACAGGAUGGAAGAUGUUAUUGCAAGUCUUGGCCAGGAGGUGGCAGCAUUGACCGACAACCUGAGCUCUUCCAAAGACAUCAGUAGCAGCCUGUGUGUCAAGUUGCAUCUGCUAAAAAAACUGUCAGAGAGACAUACAUCUCUGCACUGGUGUCAGAUCAGGAAACUUGAGUCAGACCUCUCCAGCUACAAAGUUAAGGUUUGUUGUGUCGAGCAGCAGCUCUGGGAGGCUCAGACUAAGCUUUCAAACAUCCAGAGAGAAAAAGAGCAAUCACUGCAAAGCACACAGGAGCUCCACUAUCAGCUGGAACGACUCAAGAAGUGCGGUUUGCAGCAGCAGCUUAAGCUCCAGGAGGAGACAGAUUUCCUGAAGGGACAGCUGGAGAUGGCCAGGAAUCAGCUCUGCCAAACUGUGGAGGAGAAAACCAACCUGCAGGCACUUCUGGAGCAGAGGGCCCAGGAGAAGAGGAAAUCCCAGCAACUCCUGCGGGAGAAAGAGGAGGAACUUCACCUCAAACAGGGGGAAGCUCAGCAAAAUGGGACCAGAUUGGAAGAGGCCCAAGGCCAGUGUCAGAGUCUGCAGGCUGAACAGGAAACGCUGAGGCAGAAGCUGAGUGAGAGGGAGAAGAUGGUGGACGCUCUGAAGCUGCAGAUGGAGAGCAGCAUCCAGACCAGCGUGCAGCACAGCAACACCAUCGACGGCCUCAAGCACGAAAACGGCCUCCUCAUCAACCAGCUGAAGCAGCACAAGCUGGAAACCAAGCAGCUCAGGGCCGACUUAGCCCAACACAAGUCGGAACUGGCUGCUGCAGAGCACAAGAGGCAGCAGCUUCAGGCCUCUGUCACUGAGCAGAACCAGCGGGUCCAAGAGGAGACCUUGGAGAAACGGCAAGUCACCACCCUGCUGGAGCUGCAGCGCAUGCAGUUGCUCACUCUGACCAAGGAGCACAAGGAGUUGCAACUCCUCCACAGCUGCAAGAACGACGAGCACGAGGGCGUGGUGAUGGAGCUCCAGAGUCAGCUGAGGAGCGCCCACGAAGAGCUCGAUAAGAUCAGGCACUCCCUGAGGAAAUUCCAAGGAGCAGACAGACACGGCCUGAAGGUGGCCUCGGACAUGCAGAAAGAGAUCACUGCCAGAAGAGAAGAAGUUGACUCUCUGCAGAGCAAAAUCCAACACCUGGAGGACAACAUGGAAAAGCUGCUUCAGGAUAAAUGCUUCCAGAACACAGAGGCCCAGCAGCAGUUUCAGGAGCUUAUCGUCAUCAAGGAGGAGAGGAGGCAUCUAAAAGAUGAGCUGACCAUCCUCCGCUCCAAAGACCAGCAGUUGUGCGAGCGAAUCAGCGAGCUGGAGGCAAUCCUCCAUAAGUUGACGGAGAGCUUUGCAAGCUGUCAGGAUUUCAUCCAGCUGAAGGAGCAGCAGUAUUUUCGCCUGAAGAUCCAACAAGCUCUGCACUUGAAGGAGCUCCCAGGUCAGACCUUGUGCACAGCUGCUACUGAGCCGCCACCUGUCCUGGACUCCCCGACCCCGUCUGCACACAUCCUUCCGGCCUCUUCCCAGCACACCUCCAACAUCAAGAGGCAGCAGGACAGCUGCGCCGGCGAGCUCAGAUCUCUCGUCAAAGAGCUCCGAGGAGUCAUCUCACAGAACCACAGACCACACACUGAUAAGAGCGGCACUGACAGCGGUUUCUGCAGGAGGAGGUCCGCUCCAGGGAGAGAGACCAGAGCAACAAUCCGCACAGACAGCCACGGUGAGGCAAAAGCCAACUCAAGGUUGAGGAGAAAGACCUGCGGCAGUGAGCCUCGUCUCCUGAGGACAGCUGAGCCCAACGGGACAACUAUCAACAAGAGUCAUUUUAUGGCGAGCCCAGCGCCAUACGCCAGCUUCUCCCCGCUCCGCUCAGAGGGACGCCGGUCUCCUGUUCACUCUCUCCUGACGUCUGAUCCAAACAGCUAA